AUGCACACUGUUGUUUCCUUUUUCACUAUCAUCUCACUUGCUGCCUGUACUGCGCAGCUGCCAUUACCUUCUCAACUCGUUCAUCAAUUCCCAGCCGGCACCUAUGUUGAGAACCUCCGAGCCCGUCAAAAUGGCCAGCUACUUGUUACACUCGUAGCGCCCUCUCCAAAUGUUUACCUCAUCGACCCUGUUCUUUCUCCAUUUGCUUCCACAUCAAACUCCACUGCAACAUUAGUGCACAGCUUUCCCACUGCCGGCUUACUCGGUAUUACUGAAGUCCAACCCGAUCAGUUCUACGUUGCCGGGGGCAAUUUUUCCAUCGCAACAUCAGAUCUGGGUGCUGGAACUUGGGGCGUCUGGUCUCUCGACCUUCGAAGCUAUGAUUCGAUUCUAAACACCGGGGCGGUCGUCAAGGAAGUAGCUCCCCUUCCCAGCGCUGCAUUCUUGAAUGGAAUGGACACUCUGGAUGUCGCCGCAAAUCUAAUUGUGGUCGCGGACUCUGUGAAGGGGCAAAUCUUGAUGGUGGAUGUGGAGACUGGAGAUAGCAGUGUCCUGGUGAGCGAUGCAGUGUUGGCUCCUCCAGCGGGUGCUUCGGGAUUGGGAAUCAACGGACUGAAAGUGCUCAAGAGGGGUGACACGAUAUAUCUCUAUUUCAGUACACAAGCUUCAGCACUUUUUGGUCGCAUCCCAGUCUCUACAUGCGCAAGUCAUACCGUCGGGCCAGUGGAAAUCCUGUCAAAUGGCACAGUCAUGGAUGACUUUGUUCUAGAUGAAGAAAGAGGUGUCGCUUUCAUGUCGGGAUUUGAGAAUACCCUCCUUUCGAUGCCUCUAGAUGGAGGUGAGCUGACUACGCUCUUGGGCGGGCUUAACGAGACUGUUGUUGCGGGACCUACGAGUGCUACACUUGGAAGGGGACUUUUGGAUAAAGAUUCGGUGUAUGUUACCACCAACGGAGGACUUCUAGCACCUAUCAACGGAACCUUCAUUGAAGGAGGUCAGGUUGUGUCUGUUGACAUAUCUGGUUAUUGUUGA